AUGAAUAAGGAUGAGGUAUCCUCUGGCCGUGGUGGCUUGAAUGGUUUUUACUCUUACAAAAAUACGUUCGAUGAGGACAGCGUAUGGCUGGAAAUCCCAAAAGAAGUAAUUUUCGUGGAUAACUCGGAUCCCGACCUCGAGGAACUCGAAGCAUCCUUGCUGGCUGCGGAUUCUGAUAUAGAUGGGCAUCACACCAAUGGCUGGGGCCAUGAGUUCCCAUUAAUAGAUCAGGACAGCCAUGGUCUGAGUUCUCUGUCAAAUGCUGCAACGCAAAGUCAUUAUACAUUUCAUGAUUCCGUCGGAACACCGACAACUGAUAAUAGCAGGAUCUCUUUAAGUCAUUCGAAUCUACCUGCACCAGCACCAACGACGAUUUCCUCGCCAAAUAAGUCGCGCGGCGUAAUGCCUCCUCCCGCAUCGCCAUCAGUGUCGAUUACAUCAUCUAACAAUAAUAUUAACUUUCUACUCAAUCCUUCAAGUUCGAUGUCUCCCCCGAUUGAAUCGAGGUUAACGACGCCAUUGGGAGUCAGAGAUCCGUCAUAUACGCCCAAUGCCACUACAUUAUCCAGAAAUACAACAAUCCACUCAAGAUCGGAGCCAAAGGUGGAAAGUAGUCAUGAAGUUGCCUUUCUCUUGAGACAUUUUGCAGAAGGCCCUGGAUACUGGAUGGAUCUUUUUGACAUUGAAAUAUAUUUUUCGUCUCUGGUGCCAGUCAAAGCUCUCUCAAAUCCGCUGUUGAAGUACGCAGCAUGCGCCUAUGCAGCUAAACAGCUAAGCCGGGUACAAGGUUCAAAGCCUGUCAUGGGUGGCAGAUGCUCGAAACAAGCAUCGAUUGAACUAUGGCCAGACGCCGAGAAAGUUGACUGGGAGUGGUAUGGUGCAAAGUACUAUGACAAAGCUAUCCAGCUUUUGAUGAAAGAACUACAGCAUGAUGCAGAAGGACCAGCUCCACUAAGCACGUUAGAGGCUUUUGGUCAAUGGGAAGCGACCGAGUUAAGCAAGGGCGGCGAGCCUGCACGUAAGCGACGUAGGCGUUCUUCCAACAGCCGUUUUUCUAGCAGUCACUCUGAUGAAGUGCUGGCGGCAACGGCUAUUCUUUCGGUCUAUGAAUUUCUAGACGCCACGGGCUCCGCCUGGAACCGUCAUUUGAGUGGUGUCAAGUCCCUUCUGGAUAUCGCCGAAGUCGGUAUGAUGCCGCUUGAACAGGAAAAAUCCCCUGGAGGAAGUGCCAUUCCACGAAAAGGCCCAGAGCGUAGCCUGCGAACGGCUACGUUUUGGAACUUUGCUCGCCAAGAUUAUCUAGCUGCUUGCAAGUACCACUUCAUUAUCAACGAGUGUCAAACACGGUUAAACCCGGAGGACCUGUUAUUAUGGACAGAAGCUGGUCUGCAAGUCGACAGUCACGGUUUUGUUCGCCCGAGCAACACCGACGAAGAGAGUAUUAUGCGAGAAGACAUGAUAUCAAACGCUCUUAUUUGGCUGUUAUCGAAGAUUGUCAAUUUCAUCGGCGCCGGUGACCAGAUCCAUUUAACUCCGACUGGCAACCCAGCCGAACAGGGACCUAUUGGAGUUUCACAAAACACAUUACUUGAGCGAUGGUAUCAGUUGCACCUUGAGCUUGAUGCUUGGUACAACGGACUACCCGAUACAUUCAAGCCAUGUGCUAGACUUGAGCCUACACGAAUUCCACACCAAUUAUUGAGCGAUACAGAACACGCUCCCCCGUUUCCUGAGAUUUGGUAUAGCAUGCCGAUGUGCGCAUCUACAAUGCAGCACUACCACAUGGCUCGAAUUUUGUUGCUUAUCAACAAACCUCACGAAUCUACUGCUCGUCGAACGACUGUCACAGAUAGACUCCGAUCAUACCGUUCAAUUGAAAGCGAAGUUCGCUUCCACAGUCGUGAAAUCUGCAGUAUUUCAAUGUCUCGAAUGGAUGCAUCUGCGAGGAUUCAUUCGUUACAGCCUCUUUUUGUUAGUGGACAGUGUUUAACGGAGUUGAGCGAGCGACAGACAAUUGUCGAACUUCUCAGGAGCAUUGAAGCUGAUACCGGUUGGGCCACGGAGUAUCGAGUGAAGCAGCUUCUUCGUGAGUGGGGUUGGGAUGAAGCCAAUACUGUUUAA